AUGACAGAUGUCCAUUCAAAGAUCAAAGGAUUACGAAAAUAUAUUAAGGACAACCAAGUUGCUGACAACAAUAACGCUACGCCCAAUUGGAGAGGUCUUAUAGCGACAGUGAAAGACGAUCGCGCCAAAAGCCACUUGAAAGACGCUCGUGGUGAGUUUUUCAACGAUCCAUCAUCAAUUCUGGAAGACCCAUUGGGUUCUGCUUUAGAAUAUCGUGUUUGUGAAAAGUGUGGGAAACCAGUGAGUCUUUCAGCACUUGUAGACCAUCUUCAAAUCCAUUGCAAAGGACUCACGCAAGAUAGAGCGGAAGGUGAUUUAGACCAUAGCGUCAAGACGGAAGACACUGAAGUCAUGGAUGAUAUAUCUGGUUUUGGUGACAAAAAAAAGGGUAACCCAUCGAGUUCCAAACGCUCUACGCCUUUUGAAAUGGAACUCAAGCCUGAGAGCAGUCCUGCCGUGAAGAAACAACGUAAAGCAGGAUCAACACCAGUUCCUUCCAAAGCAAAAAGACGCAUCAAACAGAGAAAUCCAACUGAGAAACAUCUCAUAGAUUUUGACAAACAGUGUGGGGUUGAGUUAGCAGAGGGCGGUUACUGCGGUCGGUCUUUGACAUGCAAAUCGCACUCCGUAGGAACCAAGAGAGCAGUCGAAGGCAGGUCUCAGCCUUUUGACGUUCUGCUGAGUCAAUAUCAGAAGAAGAAUCAGCUCAAGACCAAUACAAACUCAAAGCAAAAAACUAAAACGGCUGCUCAGCAACCACAAUCACAACAAGGUCAAAAUUCCGAUAUCAACGAUGGUUUUCCGGUUGAAGUUUCGCCAGAGGAAGAAACGACACAAGUUCUAAACGGUGUGUCACGGUCGCUCCCGCUACCACUAGAAUCAAACGUGCUCGGCUCUUCUAGACUAAGAACCAAGUAUUUCAGAAUGCGCGAGAUGUUCGCAUCCUCAUUUUCUGUUCGUCCUGGUUUUAGUGCACCUGGAUACGGAGCCAUCCAUUCUCGUGUGGGCUGUAUCGAUCUAGAUAGAACGACAGAUUACACUUUCCGAAUCCGCACACCUCAGUUGAUCAAUAACAUGAAUCCAAACAAUCUUACUGCACAGCAGAGGCAAAAGAUUCAGCAACAGAGAAUGCUACAGGCUCAAAUGUUAGCGGAGCAACAGCAACAACAGCAACAACAGCAACAACAACCGCAGCACCAAGUGCAACAGAUGCAACAGCGGCAGCAACAACAACAGCAACAACAGCCACAUUUGCAGCAUCAACAGCAGCAUACAUCGGGAGCCAUUCAGCAACAUCAACCACACUCAUCCCCAAGUUUCCUUCAACAACAACAGCAGCUCCAGAACGGGCGUUUGCAACACAAAAAUCAAGAAUCUUUGUCCCAAAACGAGCUCGAAUCGGGCCUCACGCCUCAGGGCAUACAGAAGCAACAACAAAGACUCAGGCAACAACAGGUUCAACAGCAGCGGUUUGAGGCUGCAGCGUAUCACCUUGCUACGGCGACAAAAUUGAUGCAGAAUGGACCUAAAAACCAAGCUGCGAGUCAGAACGCUGGCGUCAACUCUGCUAUUGGGUCCCCGGUCAACAUGGCCAAUAGUCGAAGUAACAGCAAUCCUUUAAACUUGACUCCUGGUGGUGAUCAACGUUGA